CCACAGAUUCACUCAUGGUCAAUAAUAGCCAUCUCAGGGUCCUGGGGAUAUUAUAUGAGGGGCUAGACAGAAAGGGACAGACCAGAACACAAGACCUCCACUGACUAUCAUUGUGUCAACUGGAAGAUUAUCAGCCUACCAACGCUAUGUCACAGCCUGCUGAGGUAAAGAAGAAGAAGCGUCCAGUAAUGAAGGAGGAGGAUCUGAAAGGAGCACGUAGUAAACUGGGCCUGAAGGGCGAGGUCAAGAGUAAGACCUAUGAGGUCAUGGCAGAAUGUGAGCGUAUGGGGAAGGUGGCUCCCUCUGUGUUCAGUGGCGCGAGGUCUGGUGGAGAAACUGCACUGGAGAAGCCUGUUGCUAAAACACCUGGAGCCAGUGUGUUUGGCAAGUAGAGGGAGGAUGGAGAAGCACUGGUUAGAACUGCACCAUAUCUACAUUAACCAUAGAGACACAUUGAAAGAGAAGGAGGUAUGGACAGACAAAUCAUCCUGCUAUUGAAAGGUGCGAUACAUAUAACUUCAACUUUAUCAGAAUGAUUCUGGAGCUUGGUGGAUAAUGCACUAUAUGUCCUACAUUGGAAUAUUGGUCUUAUUUUUUCUUCUAUUUUUGUGAGUUUGUCAUAAUUACUAAACACUUAAGAUCUCAUUCCUUGUUUAAAACACAUAACCUAUUAUGUACUGCUCUUUGGAAUGGCCAUGCUUAAUUCUUCAUUGUUUACAUCUAAGUGACUUGUUAUGCACAGAAGAUCUAAAUUUACCUUUGAUAUUGUUUGCAAUAAAUGUGUGUGGUUUCCUUA